AUGACCAGGACCUGUAUGACUAACGUGUUACGAUUUAAACAUCCCACUAAAGAGGACGAUGAUUUAGAACCUGUUACAACAUCAAGUGGUGUAUCUGACUGUACUAAAUCUACAGACAUUGUAAAGUCAAGAGACCUGCUUAGCGAUAUUAUUAAGGGAUAUCGUUUCGGUAAUGAGGCAUUAACAACAGCUCCAUUCCGCGUCAGUCUCCCUGCACCUGUAGAUGUAAACAUUUUUACUCAUGAACAUGUGUCACAUGCUGAAUCUCCUGCCUCAAUAAACCCCAUCUUCGAUGCAGUCGAAAAUUUGGAAGUUUCACUUUUAAGUUGUGCUUCUCCAAACAACCAGUUCGAAGAAUGGUUAAAGUGGACUGUUGAAAAAAAGAUGUGGAGUUUUCCAAUUAACAAUGAACAAGAUUGGGAUUCGGAGUUAAAUGUACCUUUCCAUGAACAUGUAUUUCUGGAAAAUCAUCUAAACAAAGAACAUCUCAAGUGUAAACCACUAGCAUCGUUCUUAGAACUCGUCUGCAAUGGGCUUUCUCAAAAUCCACAUUUUAGUGUUAACGAAAAAAAGCAACAUCUGGAGUGGUUUUCACAGUUCUUUGAUGAUAAGAUAACACGAAUAAAUGCUUCUGUGCAAGAAGAAGAAUAUAUGGCUAAUCUGGAGAAAAUGUCUAGAGGAAUUUCAACAUAA